CGUCGUUUACACGAAGUGAGCCAAGAAGUGAUGAUCUACUUCCGCGAAUUAACAGAGGCAUGCGUGGGUGCGAGUGAGAACCGUCGCCACGAGGCACUUGACAAUGCAACGUUGGAUCCUGGGCUGCAACCCAUUCUACCUCAUUUAGUCACCUUCAUCGCUGAGGGGGUUCGUGUCAAUGUAACGAAUCACAAUUUGGCCAUUCUCAUUUACUUGAUGCGAUUGGUGAAAGCUCUGGUGGAUAAUUCGCACAUUUCCUUAGAACCGUAUCUGCAUGUACUUGUUCCCACUGUUACCACGUGUGUUCUUAACCGGCAACUUUGUGCGAAGCCAAUCACGGAUAACCAUUGGGCACUACGUGACUUCGCCGCGAAACAAUUGGUCACGCUCUGCAAUAGACACAACACGUCUACCAAUGAACUCUAUACUCGCGUAACAAGGGAGCUCUCGCGCGCGUUGUACUGCUGGAUUGAAGGCGUUCACUCAGCUGGAAGUGCUGGGGAACAUGAAGUAACAGACAUAUUAAAAUCGCAUCAUUCCAAUUCGGUUUCCUGCAUUGUUAAAUCGGACUCGUUGAGCGGACGUGUUCCUACUCUGGGAACGUCAAUACAUUCGAUGAACACUCUCUAUGGUAUACUUGUUGCGCUGGCUGAGUUUGGAGCACAAACUCUUCGUAUCAUGGUCUUUCCUGUCCUACCCGCUCUGUGCCACCGAUUGACCAAGUUACUGGAACCUCCCAUGAUCGAUGCGACCGAACCUCACGUCUCAUUUGCAGCUCCAACUCGGUUAUCACCCGCUGAUCAGCGUUCAUACGAAUUCCUCAAAGUGAUGCUUUCGAAUCGAAUAUCCGUAUUACUCGCUGACUGGCGGAGUCGUCAAAACUUGGGUAUCUCUUUAGAAGACUAUCAAACCACGUAUGAAGCAUUAGCAACCUGUUUAUACAAUUCACGUGGAGCAUCUACUGCACUCCCGGGAGCCACUACCAACUGUCUGUACCACAUUCAGCAACAGAAAUCAACCACUGGGUCUACCACCACGACAUCAACCAGACAAUCACUUGUCACCACUUCUAACGUUACCGCUGGGCCCGUGACGAAACAAGAAUGUUUGGGUAGACUCCUCACAACCUCUACUUUGUACGAGUGACUUACCCAAAAGAAGAAACUACUCGAUGUGUUUCGUGAACUUUCAACAUCUCCACGGAUGUUGCGAAAUAACUUGGUUAAUUUCGCAAAAAACCCGCAUCAAAUUGGCGCCUAUUCUCGUCUUGGAUACGAUUUUGCACACAUUUGACUUAGUCACGAAGUAUCUAACACCGUUGCAUUCAACCUGUCGUAUUUGUCCGGAAACUUGAUCCUUUAGUCAUCACUGUCGUUAUUAUCACCUUUCGUUACCACUUUAGGUUUUGUUUUACUCAGCGUUUCCGUUAUUGCUAACUGUUGCCACUAUUAACGAUGCGAUUCACUACCAUUCGUCAGUGAGACAACUGCUGUGUAACCAAUGAACUGUACACCGCUCGCUUCGCAUUCAGUUCACUCCCUGCGUUCGAGUUGCUUACUCAACGCAACAGGUUUCAAGCUCUUCCGUUUCUUUUCCUCUUUGAUAAUUCUAUUCUCGUAUUUCCAAACAGUAGCACAUUACUUAUCCGAGCAACUACGCUAUAAACGUAGCUUUGUCUUCUUCCGAACCUGAAGUGAUAUUCCCUAGUCGAUCUUUCAUUGUUUGCUCACUGAUUAUACUCCAUCCGCGUUGACACAUGCUAUGUCUCAGAAACGCGUACUUGACAACAAUAUUCUGUGAUUCAUCUUUUCUUAACAAACUUG